AGCCUUACAUAUGUUCUAUAGGCAGUUUUCACAUAGGCAGUGCAGUGGACAGCCCUGGAAGGGUCCUUCUCCUUUCACGCCGCGCUGAGUGUUUGAAUGUGGGAAGCGGCGCCGAUAUGACUUGGAUCGGAGAGAGAAAGGUGUUGAGAUGGAGAGUGGCCGCCAGCCUUUCGUGGGUGGUCAUCUUGUUACCCCUGAGCUGCUUGGCCUUCAUCUGUCUGAGCAAAUUCCACAUCUUCCAUCCAGCACAAUGCCUGACAGAUGCCAUAAAGGACACGCUCAGCAGUUCCACCGUCUUCUGUCUGCUGCUGCUCUGUAUCCUGCAGGUUAUUGAAUGUUCUUUCAAUGUGCAGUUCCAUUCAGUGGUGCCUUCCAUCGCCAGUUCCCGGCUCUCCUUGAUUGGACUCAUCCUGCUUCCCCAGCAUGUGCUUCACUCCGUCGUGCACGCCUUUAUGGGGGUGCUGGUGUUUUGGUGCUGCACAGUCCUGGGUCAGAGUCCACAUCAGGGCUUGGCCGUUCCGUGCAGUCUAGACCCCAGCAGUCAUGAAGCCAGCAGCCAGGCGAUGUGCCUGAAUGAGCGUUACCUCUUCCUGCUGCUGACUGGAGGGUUCAUGGGGUAUAGUUACAGCCUGCUGUAUUUUAUUCACAAUAUGAGCUGCUUGUCUUUUCCAUCGGUGCAGCAAUUCAAGUAUUUGCAGUUCCGCCAGAGUGUCCCGAGGCUUCUGAAGCACUGCUGUGUCUGGUCUCUGUACCUGGCCCGGAAUUUCACCGCUGUCUAUUUCUUCCUGGGUUAUAUUCCACGGAAAUGGAUUCAGGCAGUUCUGAACCUUCAAAUGAAUCCACAUUUGCCUCCACUGGAUACUCUUCGUGGACUUUUUGACUUGUCACUAUUUUACCAGAUGUGGCUGUCUGGCGUGUUUCUUCUCACCACCUGGUGUAUUGCAUGGCUGCUCUUCCAGAUCUACACUACAGAGGCCCGCGUGUUUCCUGUGCAGACUGCUUUUCCCGAAGAAGCAGCAAAAUGUCUCCCAAACAUGUUGAGCUGUAAUUUUCCACUACUAAGGUAUCUGGCCUUCCAAGACGUGAUGCUUCUCUCUCAAUAUUCUCCGUCUCGAAGACAAGAAGUGUUCAGCCUCAGCCAGCCAGGAGGACAUCCUCACAAUUGGGUCGCUAUCUCUAGGGAGUGCUUGGGUGUCCUGAACAAUUUGACAUCAAGGCUCGUUGCUUAUCAGGAAGCUGCUGCAAGUAAUGGACGCCUCAGACCCUCAUCGUCUUCUUCAAGCAGCUCGGGAGCAUCUUUUAUUAAUGACACUGUUGACCCUUCACCAAACGUUGUUCCGACUCCCCGGACCCCGAUCCCUUUACUGCUGAAGCCUGGUGCCUCUCUCAAAGCAGCGUGGGACUCUGGUAGCCCUUUUGCGUCUCCUGCAGUUGGUCGCAUCGCUGGUGUUAUGGACCAAAAUUCCCCGUGGCAUGGAUCUGUACAGAGUCCCCACGUUGUAAGGAGAGGUGCAAAGCUGUGGACGUGUGACCAAGAUAUCCAGAGGAAUGGCUCAGAAGUUUCUCCAACCCGUAAAGCCAGCACUAGCCCUGCCAGCAGCAACGGGCAGCGUAUCCUGUAUGCAUGGCUCCAGAACAUAAAGGAGCAGAUCAGACAUUUCAUGUCAAAACGAGUUUUGUUCAUGUAUCUGUUCAGCAAGCAUCCAGACGCCUCUAGUCAGGAACUGUUUGCUGAUUCACAGAUCCACAUUUGGGCUUUGGAAGCUUUGUCUCAUCUAGUGGCAGCUUCCUUCUUAGAAGACAGGAUGGGAGUUGUACAGACCACCCUCUCCACCAUACUGGCCACAUUUCUUACUCUGCAAGAGGCUGUAGAAAAGCAUUUUAAACUUCCACAUGUCUCCAGCAAACCAGCCAGACCUGCAUCGGGUUUAGUAGAUUCUUCUUACAAGACGCAAAGGUUCGCUGUUCGAUCCGCUCUGAAGACCGCGAUCUACAGGAUAACCACAACGUUUGGGGAGCACAUACAUGCUGUUCCUGUUUCUUCAGAACAUCGGAAAAAACUGCAGCAAUUCCUAGACUUUAAGGAAUAACCCAUGUGCUGAAAAAUUCUGGGUGCGAUAUCAUGUACGUGCGCCCAUCACCGCAGUGCUUCACCAAAUCUGACAUCACAAUGCAGGAUUCUACUGUAAGAUCAACCACCAGCACUUCUUAAUGCGACCUUUAUUUAUUUCUCUUCCUGUGAAGGGUCAUGUCCUCUCAGCCUUGGUCUCCUCUUGGUCUUGAACUGAUAUUUUCUAUGUUGUUGUUUUUUGUCUACGCCUUCUAAUUUUCGGUAUAAAAUAAAAGUGACACUGACUUUACAAAAUUAAAGCU